ACGUUUCUCUACUUCACUUCUUCCUCUAGAUUUCGCUAGUGGUGAACCAAACGAUCUCACUGAAGAAGACUGUACUGUACUAGGCAUGAUCUUUUCAAAUUCAGUCUGGAAUGACGUUCUUUGUAUAUUACAAUAUCGUUUUGUAUGCGAAAAAUAUCAAGAUACAACUGCACCCUCGUACGGAUCAUCUUGUCCGGAUGACAUACACGUGAUAACUAAAAAUAAAACAGUUUCCGUGUAUUGGAAGCCUCCUACGUGGACCGAUGAUUCCUCUUGUCAUCCCACCGUAACCAGCUCACAUUCUUCUGGUCACGUGAUACAUAUACCGGAUAAUGAUUUAAGUGCAUCUAUCAAUGUGACGUACACUGCUACCGAUAAGUCUGGAAAUUCUGAAACUUGUUACUUUCGAGUAACUGCAUCAGUUCUAGACAGAUUCGAAUACCCAGUCCUGCAGAUUCCAGUCAGUUCGGAAUACCCAGGUCCGCAGAUUCCAGUCAGUUCCGAUUACCCUGGUCUGACAAUUGUAAUGUUCUUUGUUGGUAUCAUUGUUGGCGUCCUCGGAUUACUUGCUGCAUUGUUCUGCUACAACAAGGUUAAGCGGAUUAGUCAGAACCGUAAUCACACAUAUGAGGGAGUACAGUACACAGUUAAAGAAUCGACUUAUGCUGAUACUGUCACGCCGGAUAAUAUCAGGACGAAUAAGACAACAACAGCUCAUGUUAGUAAUUUCAAGCCGGAUAAGUCAACACCAGCUUAUACUAAUAUCAAACCAAAUAAGAAUAAGUGAAUGCUGUGUUUUGAAGUAGCAGUAGUGGUUUAGUGAUUUACGCUUAUCGUCUUUUAGCCUGUUUUCCAGGCUCUAAUUUUGGGCUACUCAAUCUAUAUUGCGUUUAUUGCGCGCCAUAACUAAUUGAUAUGGCGUCCCAUACUCGAUUUUAUUCCGUCUCUGAAGUAACUUUUUACUAAACCUAUUGGUGACAUAAUUAGUAGUCAUGGUGUUAUGCAUCAUCUAUAUGCUGGCGAUACCAAUUUAUAUUUAAGUUUUAAUCCAAAUGAUCCAUCUGAGCCUGAAAGAUCCCUCAUUAUACUCUUGGGAUUGGAUGACUCUGAAUAUGUUAUGUCUUUGAAGAAAAGACAGAAUUUAUCAUUGCUGGCACAAAAUAUUAUACACAACGGUUCACUGAUGUUUGUCUUAGGAUUGGCAAUGUCACGGUACACGAAUCAAAAUCAAUUACCGAUAGGUUCCUCGAUCUAGCACCCUGACCAAAAAGGACCUUGUUGAUAAAUAACACCAUAAUGUGUCUCUGAAAUCGACUGUAGGGCAUAUAUCAUAUGAUAAUGAUUAAGGAGAGGGGCCCGUCGGCCCUAUGGGACCCUCUCGGUCCGGAACCCACCAAAUUUGUCAAACAGAAAAAAUUAAAAGUGGAGAUAAAAAGAAAUUAUAUUCACAAUUUUAGUGUGUGAGUGCCAUUUCCGGCCAUCUGACGUGCCAUAAUAAUACAUUUUCUUAUGCCAGCCCCACAAGGGCAAUAGCAUAAAUGUGUGUCUGAAAUCGACUGUAGGACAUAUCAUAUUAUAUCCAGUGGCAGAAUAAAGA